GUGUCAGUCAACGAAAUGACAUCGCCGCCAACGUUGUCGGUGAAUCGGACGUCGGUUCAGAUAAGUCCGGUCUGCGGACGCUAUCUGGUGGCCAAGGGAGCGACUCCUGGCCGCGGCUUACUCAUCGAGGAACUGCCCUUCGCCGUGGGACCCAAGUGCAAUGGACCGGUAGUGUGCCUGGCAUGCUACGAACCAGAUCUGGAUUCAGAGGAAGAGCAGUGCACCGAAUGCGGCUGGCCGUUGUGCGAGGAUUGCUCAGGAAAUGAGGAUAACGCCCAUUUCCAGCUGGAGUGCCGGGAGCUGAGGGACUCCCGGGCACGAUUCUUCCCCCUUCCCAGUGGGAGCAGCCACUGUCCGCAGUUGGAUUGUAUUAUGCCCCUCAGGGUUCUGCUGGCGAAAGAGGCGAAUCCAGAGCGAUGGGACAGCGAGGUGGCACCAAUGGAGCAUCACGAGGAGGAGCGGAAGAAGGAUGCAGAUGUGUGGCACGCGGAUCGCGUUAACAUUGCUCAGUAUUUGCGGGGUCCCUGCAAACUGGCCUCACGAUUUAGCGAGGAGCUGAUUAUGCAGGUGGUGGGAGUACUGGAGGUGAACGCCUUUGAGGCGAGAAGCUCGAAGGGCUAUCCCCUGAGGUGCCUCUUCCCCUACACCGGAAUACUGGCCCACAAUUGUGUGCCGAACACAUCCAGGAGUAUCUAUCCCAGCGAGGGCUACAAAAUCCGCUUGCGUGCCAUGGUGGACUUGGAGGAGGGUCAGCCACUGCAUCACAGCUACACAUACACUCUGGAUGGCACUGCCCAGAGACAGAAGCACCUGAAGCAGGGCAAGUUCUUCAGCUGCAAAUGCGAUCGCUGUCUGGAUCCCACCGAAUUGGGAACGCACUUUUCCAGCCUAAAGUGUGGUCAGUGCGCAGAGGGAUACCAAGUGCCCAGAGAGCCGACGGAACUGGACACCAGUUUUAACUGCGGUAGCUGUGGAUCCAUCACUGCCAACUCGGAGGCGCUGGCGAUGCUCCAAUCCCUUCAAUCCGAAGUAAAUUCAGUGCAAGCCCUGGAAAUGGGAGCAAAGCGACUCGAGGAGGUGGAACGAUUGCUGCGCAAAUACAAAUCCCUGCUCCAUCCGCUGCACUUCAUCGCCACAGGGCUGAGGCAGCUGCUCAUCGAGAUGUACGGGCGGGUCCAGGGCUACGAGAUGGUCCAGCUGCCGGAUCACCAACUGGAGCGCAAGGCGGAGCUCUGUCGCCAAGUGCUGCGGGUACUGAACACCUUCGAACCGGGUCUAAGUCGAACCCGAGCUAUGAAUCUCUACGAGCUGCACGUUCCCCUGGUGCUCCUGGCCAAGAGCGGGUUCAUUGCUGGCAAGCUGAACGGAGGAGAGUUGCGUGCUCGCCUGGUGGAUGCCAUAGACCUUCUAAAGGAGUGCGUGGAGAUCCUGGAGUUCGAGGACAAGAGCUCCCAGGAGGGAGUCCUCUGCGUGGUGGCCAAGCAGGCGCUGACACAGUUAACUCUGAGCGUGGAGGGCCUGGGAAGCGAACUCGAUUGAUUACUUAUGCAUAUCGGAUAGCUUUAUUGGGAACUGUUCAAGGGACACUACUACUGUGGUUGACGGUGUUACAUUCAAAAUCUUGUUAGUGCUGGUUGAUGGUCGUAAAUGUCAAAAGAACAAUAAACUACAACUAAAAAGUGAUUACAAUUAUUACAAACUAUUGCUGCACAGUA